GGAGGCGCUGAGACCGGAAGAUGAAGAAAAACCGUAGAAGAAGAAAAACUUCCGGUAGAAAACGUAAACACACGUGUUAAAAUACUCUGCAGUGAUGACGAGGUGGGCCAGAGCCAACAACGUCCACAAACACAAACCAGCCGAGGCGACGCCCUGGAACCAGCUGAGAGGACGAGGAGGAGGAGGAGGAAGAUCUGGAGGACGAGGAGCAGAUGGAGGUGAAGGAGGAAGUCAUGGAGGUCAGAGAGAUCCUCUGAGGAAAACUCAACCCGUAAAGAAACCGAACCGUAAGAAGAAAGAAUACGUGGACGAAGACGUGAACGGCUUCCUGGAGUUUCUGCAGCAGAACGGAGGAACGAAGGACGAAGAGAAAGAAGUGAGGGCGGACAUUCAGACGGCCUUAAAGAAGGACAGGAGGAGAGAAGAGCGGAGGGUGAAGAGGCAGAACGACAAGAAGACCAAAAUGGUGUGUUUUAACUGCAGGAAGCCGGGUCACGGUUUGUCCGACUGUCCGGAGGCCGACAGAGACGAGGAGAUGGGACGAGACGUUUGUUACCGCUGUGGAUCCACCGAACACGAAAUCCACAAAUGUAGAGCCAAGGUGGACCCGGCCAUGGGUGAGUUCCCGUUUGCUAAAUGCUUCAUCUGCUCUCAGACCGGUCAUCUCUCCAGAUCCUGUCCCGACAACCCAAAAGGACUUUAUGCUCAAGGAGGCUGCUGUCGUGUUUGUGGUUCGGUGGAACAUUUCCAGAAGGAUUGUCCAGAACAUCAGGCAGCCACGAACUCGGUGACGGUCGGCUGGUUGUCCAACAACAUGAGCGCCGACCACGAAGACGUCCACGUCCCUCUGAAGAAGACCAAGACCAGGACGCCCAAAGUGGUCCACUUCUGAUCAUUAAUAAAAGAUCCUUCAGGUUUGAAACGUUUCUGUUAAUAAAGAAUUUAUAUUAAAUGUGAAA